GAAAAUCUCUGAUCGAUUAUUUUCUGGGCGACGUCGGAGGCGUGUUUACAACUCUCUUUGAGUUUUUUUUAAUCACUUCAUUAAUUUCCCAGUUAGCGACUCGUGUGAAAGAGCGACCUCGCACAAAACUUCUAAGUACACUCGAUCCUUGAAACCUACAGCACUUUCCACAUCAUUAUUUCAUGUAAUCAAUCAAUGAACGCUGCCCCGUCGGCUUCAAUCAGUAUCUGGCACCCGCGGACAGUACGUGCCAUCACUUAUGGUCACAAUCGUCCGCCUCCGUCGCAAAACCGGAAAUAAAAUAUUUUUUAGCCCAUUUAUAACUAUUGAACUGUCUUCCAUAAGAUAUUAUUGAAAAUGUGCUAUCGAAUCAGAGACUGGUGGUACGACAUCGAGUGCCCGAUGAUGGAGAAAGCGUCUUCUUCAAUCAACAGCAUCGUCGAUCUGGAGGACAGGGAUCCCAAUGGCCUGAAUGAGCAUCUCCAGGUUGUCAUGUGGGAGGACGUCAUCGGGGAGCCCGACGGUAUCAGGAGUCCAGAAUGUGCAUGGAGACUCAGUGGCCACUGCUUUCGGUUGUCCAGAGGCUGUUGCUACAUCUUCUUGUCGAUUCUGAUAGCUCCUAUUGUCGCCCUUCUUUUGGGUUUCACAUUUGCGUGUCUUUCGUUUCAACACAUUUGGUGUAUAGCUCCAUGCCUCCGGGUGUGGAAAAUAUCGUGUGCAGCAACGAGGACAUUCUUCACCGGUUUCACUCACGCUCUUAUCCGACCAUGCACAGAAUCCAUUGGCUACCUUUUUCAUAACGUUCGGAUCCACAAUCAAAAGCUGCCCGAUGGCCCGCAGCUCAAAGAUGAUGCCCUUAUCGUAUAAUGAUAUUAACCUCUGGUAUGCACACUAGGAAAUUCAUUAACACGAUGAAUGGCCAAUCAGUGAAGAGAAGAGAUUAAUUAACGAGGUGGCAUUAAUAAUUGGAUUUCUGGUAGUGUCUUCAGGAUAUGCAGAUAGUUUUGCCGUUUUUUCAUUGAAAUUCAUUAUUACAAUUGUAGUUGAAUAUCAGGGCUUCCAUUCUAGUCUCCGUGAACCGUAGGAUUCCAGAUAUUUAUCGUUAAUUUUAUUAUUUGAAUUUUAGAAGUUCCUUUGAAAAAUGUUGGUCUAAGUCAAAGUUUUGUCCCCACAUUGUCCCAUAAGUUGUUAAUAAACAAAUAAUUAAUAUCGUGGCCCGAAUCAGACAUAACGGUAAUUUUGUAUUCGUUAAUGGCUUAAUUUAACAUUGAAUAUUAACGAUUUUCUAAACUGUUGAUAUCUCGAAAUCCAUCUACGUGAUGACUAAUAAAAAUUAACUCAUUAGACACCACAGGAGAGUCGGAAAAAUGUGUGCAUGUGAGGGGUUAAUAAAUAAUUCAGUUUAAAUUUCAUAAGAAAUAAAUGUCGCUCUUUUUAUAAGACUAUGUUACUGAAUGCUCUAAUUCAUGUACCAUUUUCAUUUCCUUCGUUAAUACAAAAAUAUUAAACAAAAAUAUAAAUCAAGAAAUUUUCUUCUACAUGAAUUCGGAUCGAUAGUAACAGUUGUACAGUUCAGUCACGCGAUCUUACCUGAGAUUGACAUUGGGAAGA